GCGAGUGAUCGUGAGUGAUCGUGAGUGAUCGUGCCUACGUCACUGCCUUCUAACCAUAGUCCGGACUCCGAAGCUCCGACGGUGCAGUCUAGACAUGGAAAGCGAACGCACACGAGGCCUACCCGUCGGAGGCCCCUCGACUCACAUCGUCCGUCCCACAUACAACGAACAGCAAUUCCACAGCGGAUUCCGACCGAUCGAACGGCUGACAGCCAGGUCCGUCAUCCAGCACGUUCGAAGCCUCAUUCCGGCAUGGAACGUUUGGCUCCUAGCAAGAUUUCCCAUCAUCAGCUGGCUUGCAGACUAUCGCAACGACUGGAAAGACAAACUGGUCGGAGAUCUAUCAGGGGGCGUCACCACUGGCAUCAUGAUGAUACCUCAAGGUCUUGCGUAUGCGCAACUGGCUACAGUGGAGCCAGUCUACGGAUUGUAUUCCAACUUUUUUCCUGCUCUGGUCUAUGCUUGUCUGGGGACGUCGAUGCAUCUGUCUAUAGGUGUCUUUGCUGUUGUCACCAUUCUUGUGGGUGACACUGUAGAUGGGUACUGUAAGGCGCCUGACGUGAAUAUGACAAUGAACGGGACAGAUCUGACCUGUGGGAGUGUGGAGAGAAUCGACGUUGCUGUAGCUUUGACGAUGGCUGUCGGAAUUGUGCAACUGCUCAUGUUUGUUGUUCGAUUAGGAUUCAUUACCAUAUUCUUGUCUGAUCCUCUUGUUGGUGGAUUCACAACAGGGGCAGCUUUUUUGGUAGGAACUAGUCAGUUGAAACAUGUCUUUGGUCUUGACUUCGAAAGGCAAUCUGGAAUAUUCUCGGUACCCAAAACGUGGAAAGAAAUUUUUGCACAUCUUGGAGACACGAAUGGUGCCACCUUUCUGAUUUCUUUGUGCUGUAUAGCAUUUCUGGUCAUAGUGAAGAUCGUCAAUACGAAGUAUCACAAAAAGUUGAAGUUUCCAAUUCCUGGCGAACUGAUUGUCAUUAUUCUUGGUGCAGGGAUUUCGUAUGGUGGAAAGUUUCAUGAAAAAUUUGAUGUGAAGAUUGUCACUGAUAUUCCUAGCGGUCUGCCUACUCCUUCGUUGCCUAAUGCGAGUCUGGUCGGUUACAUGCUUCGAAAUCAGAAGACGUACAUUCUCGCUGUUGUGUCGUACGGUCUGACGAUAUCAAUGUGCAAACUCUUUGCAAAGCAGUUUAAGUAUAAGCUGGGAAUGAAUCAGGAGCUGUUUGCAUACAGCUUAACAAAUAUUGUUGGUUCUUUCUUUAGUUGUGUGACAGUUAGUGGAUCUCUGACACGAACAGUUGUCUAUGCAACAGUUGGUGGACGAACUCUACUUGGUAGUGUCUUUUCGGCACUCAUUGUGCUCAUUGUUUUAGUUGCUGUUGCUCCUCUGUUUGAACCAUUACCCAAUGCUGUUCUUGCAGCAGUCGUUCUUGUGGCACUGCGGGGUCUUCUUAUGCAGUUUCGUGAUGUCAAGAAGCUUUUCUAUGUCAACAAACUUGAUCUUGGACUUUGGCUGGUCACGUUCUUUGCUACAGUGAUUUUUUCUGUUGACAUUGGCCUUGCAGUUGGGGUCAUUUAUGGUAUAUUGACUAUAGUUUGGCAUAGUUUUGUACCAUACCAAUGUCUUCUUGGUCGAAUACCUGGAACGGAUCUGUAUCGUGAUUUAAGCAGAUUUGAAGCAAUUCAGAGUGUUCCUGGAGUUAAGAUUUUUCGCUUUGAGUCAUCACUUAGCUUUGCAAAUUCAGAACGAUUCAAGAGAAAACUACUGUCAUUUACGGAUAUAGAUCUGAGUAACACUUUACAAGCUGAAGAUGUGUGUGAUGAAAGUAAUAGACAUGAUGAUGAUUUACAACAGAAGCAAACUGGGAGUGUUGAUAUGUCUCAUGAUGACACAGCUCAGUCAGCCAGUGGACUGAGACUUCGUUGUCUUGGCAGUCUGAACGAGUCUUCAUUAAGAGAUGAUACAAUAGACGACGAUGUCGCAGAUGCAGAAGCUUCCCCUAGUUUACAGUUGAGUUUGAGCUCGCACAUUCCAACUCACACCGUGAUCAUCGACUGUACUGUGUUCACAUUUAUGGACUCGGUCAGUGUUAACAUGAUUGUGGAACUGAAUAAGGACUUACAGGAAUGUGGCAUUCAGUUACUAUUGGCGGGAUGUCGAUGGCGUGUACGACAAACACUUGAAGCGGGAGGAUACAUGGCUAAAGUUGGAUUGGAUCAUCUAUUUGUUACUAUUCAUGAUGCUGUUGUUUUUGCCCUUCAUGGAGCUUCGCUGGUUACUCGUCCAAGGAGUAAUAAUGAUGAUCCGCUUGAGGAUGUACUUGCUGUAAGCGAAGAGGAGCCUGUUGAAAGUCAAGCUGAUGUGAUAAAUGUUGUUCCUCAGUCUGAUGAAAGUAGUGUGUAGUGUAUAUGCUGACAAUUACAUGUGUAUCGAGAAUUUGUAAGUUGGAAUUCAGAAGAGAUGUUGCUAUUUUUGUCAACAAUGUCUAAUUAAUAAAAUUCAAAAAGC